GUGGCCGUUCACUGCAUGCUGGGCAGGGGCAGGACGGGCACCCUGCUGGCCUGUUACCUGGGCAGGGCACGGGGCCUGGCCGGGCACGAUGCCAUCCGCGAGCUGCGGCGCCUGCGGCCUGGCUCCAUCGAGACCCCCGAGCAGGAACAGGCUGUCAUCAGCUUCUGCCAGAGCCUCAGCUCUGGGGAGGACAGUAAGGAGAUGUGA